AAUUUCCACACUUGAGGCCGCUAAUGUUAUUUAAUAUUAUCUUUUUCCAUAUCUUAUGUCCUAGCACUAUGUGGGCUAGAAUAAUUGUCUAUAAGACUAUAAUGCUAGCCAUCAAGAAAUUGUGAAGUUUGUUUGUUAAACUCUUACACUACUAGUUUCAAUCCUACCUUAGAGAGAAGGGAAAUGGGAACCAAUGCUACAAGUGAAGUGGCUAACUUUCACUAUAUGCUGAGUGAACGAAAAGCCUUUGAUGAAACAAAAGCUGGUGUGAAAGGGCUUGUUGAUGCAGGGGUCAAGAAAAUCCCUACCUUAUUCCAUCGUCAACCUGACAAAUUUGAGAAGGCCUCAAAUUUAGGCAACCAUGUUAUUCCAGUCAUAGACCUUGCAAGUAUUGAUAAAGAUCCAACUUUGCGCCAAGAAAUUGUUCACAAGCUCAGGGAAGCAUCUGAAACAUGGGGUUUCUUUCAGGUUGUGAAUCAUGGGAUCCCUCUUAGUGUUCUUGAGGAGAUAAAAAAUGGGGUGAAAAGGUUUUUUGAGCAGGAUUCUGAAGUCACCAAAGGAUUUUAUACACGGGACAAAGUUAAAUCCUUUACUUACAAUAGCAACUUUGAUAUUUAUAGCUCACCAGCACUCAAUUGGAGGGAUACUUUUACGUGUUACAUGGCUCCUGAUGCCCCCAAACCAGAAGAUUUGCCUGUAGUGUGCAGAGAUAUACUACUGGAAUAUGGAAAACACGUGAUGAAUCUAGCAACUUUACUUUUUGAGUUGUUAUCAGAAGCUUUGGGUCUGAAUCCAAGCCAUUUGAAAGAUAUGGGUUGUGCAGAGGGGCUUGUUGCUCUUGGCCACUAUUAUCCUGCUUGUCCUGAACCACAAUUGACAGUGGGAACCACUAAGCAUUCUGAUGCUGACUUUCUCACAGUGCUUCUCCAAGACCAUAUUGGUGGCCUCCAAGUUCUUCAUCAGAAUGAAUGGGUUAAUGUGACCCCUGAAUCUGGGGCUCUGGUAGUUAAUGUUGGUGAUUUUCUACAGAUUAUAACAAAUGACAGAUUCAAGAGUGUUGAACAUCGAGUACUCGCGAACCAUGUUGGUCCAAGAAUAUCUGUUGCAUGCUUUUUCUCCACAGGUCAUAGAUCUUCCUCAAAGCUCUAUGGACCUAUAAAGGAACUAUUAUCAAAGGAUAACCCUCCAAAAUACCGGGGAAUCACAGUUGCUGACUAUUCAGCCUACUUUGAGGAAAAAGGAAUGGAUGGUACUACUGCUCUUACACACUACAUGCUUUGAUGGAUCACCAUCCUCUUCAGUAUUACAAGAUUUGAUGGAUCAUAUGAUCCUUUGCAGUUUGGUUUCCAGCUGCAGAGGUUAUCAGCCAUAGAUUAUAUUUUAGAAUGCAAUAAAAUGUAAGUAAAAAUACAAUGGAGGGUGAGAGAUGAAACUGCACUCUUGCACUUAUUUUCCCAACUCUAGGAGAUCCAAAUCCAUGCUUGAUAUAGGCCAUGUAGAAGAAAAAGUAUUAAAUAAUUGAAUAAACUUAUAAGUUGUUGGAGGUCUA